AUUUUUUACUUUAUAUUUGUUUUAUGUUUUUAUUUUUUCCAUUAUUUUUUUGAUUUUCUAUUUGAUUGUCAUCAUCUUAAUCAUCAUUUUUUUAAUGGAUAAAUUAAAUCGUAGUUUUAAAUCUCCCACCAAAAUUGACAGCAAUAAUUUCGAUUUUAUCGAAAGACCAUAUUUACCCGAUUGUUGGAAUGAUGAUAAAAAAAUGAAUGUCUUAUUUCACCCCUUUCGAAUUCGUGAAAUUAAUCCUGAAGGUUGGGACCUGAAGAUGAACUUUUGGAUUAAUUUGAUCAAUAAAUGGUGCCUUUUCGAUCGUAAAGUUGUGUUCACAAUUGAUGAAAUGCGUCAAAAUUUUAAUCGUGAUGAAAAAUUGCCACAUUUAGACUGUGUAAAGCUAGUUAUUUCGCAUAUGAAACGACAUAACAAAAUUCUAUUCAAAGACGAGAUUGUCAACCAAACAAAUCGUUCUAAAUCAAGUUUUGUCAAUUGGACUCUAAAUUCAUUAAUUAUGAAACCAAUUACAAUUGGUUGGAAUUGGUUAUCAACCAAAGAUAAUGAUAUCCAUUCGGACAUUGCCAUUUCUCAAGAUUAUCAACUUGUCAAUGUGGAAACUAUGCAAAUCAUUUCGGAAAGCAUAGAAUCCUAUAUCAGAAACAUUGAGACUACUUGUAUGAGUUAUUCAAAAUUUGUAAAUAUGAUCAACAAAAAUGUAUUUGGUGAGAAGAAAUUGGAUGAAAUUUCCAUGGAUAUGGUAUUGAUCAAACUUGAAUCAGAAAAUAAGCUAAAAAUAUAUGAAGAAACAGGCUUUAAACUUAUCAAAUUCGGCAAUAAUAAGCAGGCAAAAGAUUCAGAUAUAACUUUGGUCAAGCUCGAAUUGGUUAAAGAAAUCUUGGAAAAAGAAGCCAACCAAAUAGAAAGAAGAAUGGAAACGCUUAAUAAUGAAGCACGUGCAGCCAUCAAAAAUAACAAUCGUGAUAAAGCUUUAUUAUUACUGAAACGAAAAAAACGUUUAGAAAAUCGUGUGAAUGAAAAAGAUUUACAAAUCGACAAUAUUGAAAUUCUAUGUUCACAAUUAUUGGAAACUGGUUCCCAAAAAUUGAUGAUGAAAACUUUUCAAAUGGCCAACGAUGUACUGAAGAAAAAUUCAACCAAAAUAGAAGAUGUAGAAAAUAUAAUGUCUCAAAUGGAUGAUAUUCUAAAUAAUCAAUCAUUAGUGAAUGAGGAAUUGAGUCGUCCUAUACAAGAAUCAACUGAAUUCGAAAUGGAAGCCGAACAAGAAUUGCAACAAAUCCUAGAAGAAAUUGAUGAGGCUCAAAAAUCAAAUUCUAAUCCUGACGAACAAAAUGAUUUGAUAGAACAAUUGGAUAAAUUAUCCGUGAUCAAUGAUGAUGAAGAUCCAAUUAAAACAAAAUCAAACAACAAAAAUUCUACAAUUAUGUUAUCUGAAUAAUUGUGAUUCUUUUCCUUUUUUUGCGAUAGAAUUUCGCUAUUUAUCUAUUGUUAUUGUUUGUGAAAAACUUUUUUUUGUAAAUCGAUGUA